AUGGACCAAACAUGGUCAGAAUGGCAACAUAUGAUCGAAGACAUAGGGGAAGGGACAGCAAAACCAGAGGUUCCAAGCCAAAUUCAAUCACCUCCGUCCGGCAUCUCACUGAUUCCACUUCUUGAGACCGCCCAUCAUGUCUUCGAACAAGCGUUCAGGGUCAACGUACCUUUGAUGCUUUGGCCAGAAGCCUGGUUCCCAGGGGAUCAUCGACUGUGCCCUGACUGGCUCCGGCCUUGGAUUAAAUUUCCUCAACACCAAGACGAGAUGUGGAACAGAAUUCUCCACGCGUCUGAGCUUGUCAAUGCAACUAUUUUUCCUCCGCAACCCACUAUCCAACACACUGCUCAGCUCCUGCAAUGGUACCCGGUGCAUUCGGAGUACACUCUGAAGCAAUUUGCACACAGAGCACUGGACGAUUACCUCGGGAGUAUUGUUAAUUUUCUGGAACGUGAGGACACACUGCGGUACAGGUUCAGUGUCCGCGGACAACUGAACUUCGACCGCCCGCGUGAUUGCUGCGUUUCUGUGGCGAAAUUCGGAUUCGAAGAGCCAGCGUACGCAGUGCUGUAUAUGCCAUCAUUUUGUCUGACUGUGCCCGAACUGGUUGCAGGGUUAUGUGCGACAUCACCGCUCAAAUCCUUCCAAAAGGAGCCCAAUACAUUUGAGGAAUACGCCAUCGCCAUAGUGGUUCAUGCGAUUGUUCGAAUCUAUUCAAGGAUGAUUGGUUCUGGACGCCGGUAUGGGUAUAUUUAUACAGGAGAGGCCUUGGUGUUUCUUCACAUUCCUCUGGAUAAUUCCGGCGUUGUUGAAUACUAUCUGUGUGUGCCUGCUCAAGACGUCGCUUCUCAUGGUUAUGAUUUGCAUUCGAACUGGGUUCGCCGCACGGCUUUGGGCCAAGUUCUCGCUUUCACAUUACAAUCUUUAGCUGCAACCCCACCAUCGCAGGAAUGGCAGGAUGCAGUUUGGCGAGGGUAUCGCCCUCUCAAAGAUGAUUACUCAAUUCUCAUGCCUCAAGCCCCGGAUGACAUUCGACUCCACCCAGCACCACAGUUUAUGUACGAAAACUCAUUCUGGGCUAGAUUUUGGGAGAAUCUUCUGCGGGCAACCAUACCAACUGGCCAUUCUGAAGACUCUGGUUUACAGCCCUCCGAGUCGUCAGACGUUUGCACGCCUUACUGCACACAAGCAUGCCUCCUUGGCACCUUUGAAAAGGAUGUUUUGGAUGAAGACUGUCCGAAUGCUACUCAGCACGGCGUAGAAAGACACCAAAUCAGCUCACAGGAGAUCUGUGAGAUGAUGAAUGACCAACUUCGGGCGAAUCGGUAUAGAGGAUUCCAGCAGCUGCACAUUGUCGGUCGAACCUGUUAUCUGUUAAAAGCAACAUUACUGUCUCAUGGGUACACGAUGUUGAUAAAGGCCACCAGCAUCAGCAGGUCGCACAGAAUCAAUGCUGAAUUGAACAACUAUAAGAAUCUUAUGUCGUUGCAGGGAUCUCAAAUUCCUGUAUGUCUUGGGAUAUUUUCACCUACGAUCCCAUAUUGGUAUCAUGGCAUUCAAAUGAACUACAUGCUGCUCCUCAGUUGGUCUGGAAUUCGAACGGAUCAGCAUGCCACUCUUGAAACUUCUCGGUUCCUUGAACAGGAGAUGCGGAAACUUGAGAACAAACUUGAAGAACAUGGAGCUAUUCAGAAAGAUGCAGCUUUCCGCAACGUGCUGUGGAAUCCCAUAUCACAAUCCUUUGUGAUGAUUGACUUGGAAGAUUUGAAGUGGCUGACGAGCAGUGCAGAGAGUUCCGAGGGACAUGGAAGCCAGCAGGUACAAUCAAACACAAACUAA